UUGACUGAUACACUGAUGAUAAUAGACUCGUCGUACUCUCAGUCUCACACCAACCAUUAUCGGAAGUUCAAAACACAUUACCGGAGCAGAAAACUAUCUCUGACAUUAACGAUGCUUCCGCCAACCACUGCCGUCAUUUUCUUUCUCCUCAUUACAACAACCACCACACUCCUCUCUCUCUCAUCAUCUUCUUCAGUCAACAAAGACUCUCUCACCUACAUUUGGCCAUUGCCGGCCAACUCCACUUCCGGCGAUGAAACUCUCACCGUCGAUCCUGACCUUUCUCUCUCCUUCUCCGGUUAUUCUCCUAUCAUCUCCUCUUCCUUCCUCCGCUACAAACGCCUCAUCUUCACUCACGCCAAGAAGGUUCCCGCCGGAUUUCUCUCCUUCCGAGGGCCGGUUUUCGACAUCAGCGUUCUUCAGAUCAAUGUCCAUUUUCCUAAUGAAGAGCUUCAACUUGGGGUGGAUGAGAGCUACAAUUUGAGAAUUUCUAGGAGAGAUGAUAACUCCAUUGUUGGAUUCGCCACAAUUGAGGCCAAUACUGUAUAUGGUGCAUUGCGAGCAUUAGAGACUUUCAGCCAGUUAUGCACAUUUGAUUAUGGAUCAAAAACUGUAAAAGUAUUUAAGGCUCCUUGGUAUAUUCAAGACGAACCAAGGUUCGCAUACCGCGGACUUCUUAUCGAUACUUCUCGGCAUUAUCUACCUGUUGAUGUUAUUAAGCAUAUUAUUGAAUCCAUGUCAUAUGCUAAACUUAAUGUUCUUCAUUGGCAUAUUGUGGACGAGGAGUCUUUUCCUCUUGAAACUCCCUCGUAUCCAAAUUUGUGGAAGGGUUCAUACUCAAGGUGGGAGCGAUACACAAUUGAGGAUGCUUAUGAAAUUGUCAACUUUGCAAAGGAGCGAGGCAUCCAUGUCAUGCCAGAGAUAGAUGUUCCUGGUCAUGCUGAAUCGUGGGGUGUUGGAUAUCCUGAUCUCUGGCCUUCUUCUUCUUGUAAAGAGCCACUUGAUGUCUCCAAAAAUUUUACUUUUGAUGUGGUUUCUGGUAUUUUGACAGAUAUGAGCAAAAUCUUCCCAUUUGAGCUAUUCCACUUAGGAGGAGACGAGGUUAAUACAGAUUGUUGGAAUUCUACGGCACACAUAAAGCAAUGGUUACAUGACAAUAACAUGACUCAAAAAGACGCCUACCAAUAUUUCGUACUUAGAGCUCAGGAAAUAGCUAUUUUGAACAAUCGGACACCUGUCAACUGGGAAGAAACAUUCAGAUCAUUCCCCUCAAAGCUGAAUCCAAGAACAGUUGUGCAUAAUUGGUUGGUCUCUGGAAUCUGUCCCAAAGCUGUGGCUAAAGGUUUUAGAUGUAUAUUCAGCAAUCAGGAUGUUUGGUACCUUGAUCAUCUAGAUGUCCCUUGGCAACCUGUCUACGAGGCAGAUCCCUUAGAGGGAAUUACUGACGUCACUCAGAAAAAGUUGAUCCUUGGAGGAGAAGUUUGCAUGUGGGGCGAAACAGCAGAUACUUCAGAUAUUCAGCAAACAAUAUGGCCACGAGCUGCUGCUGCUGCAGAACGCUUAUGGAGCAGGGGAGAAGCUACGUCAGAAGGAAAUAUAAACAAAACAGCAUUGCCCCGGUUGCAUUACUUCAGAUGCCUCCUGAAUAUGCGCGGGGUUCAAGCUGCUCCAGUUACUAACUACGAUGCUCGACGUCCUCCUAUUGGCCCAGGAUCGUGUUACGAGCAAUGAUGUGUUGCAGUGCUGAUGCAGUUAUUUAUGUAUCAGAUGCGAUGUGAGCUACGAGGAAAAGUAUAUGCCUCAGAGGCAUAUGGGAAUAUUAUCGCCCUCUUGUUUAUAUUGUGAGUUGUAUUUCUGUCAGAAACAAUUUGUGAUAUGUAUAUUUUUACACCUUAAUGUUAUUUAUGGGUGAAUUUGGGGCUGUUUGAGUUCAAACUGGUUUGGUUUGUCAUGUGUAUGAAAAUGGGUCGUGACUAUGUAAAUCAUCUUUUAUCUAAUGUAUAAAUGUUUAAUGCAACUUUUUACUA